AUGAGCGACAUCACUGGUUCUAUUCUCUCCUUUGCUGGCUGGGCCUUUCUCCCCCGCUUUAUCUCCUCGUUCCUCCAAUCUGUUUACUAUCGUAUUACCAUCCGUGCUGGUUCACCGCAUCCACAUCCUUCCUCUCCCUGCUAUGCCCGACAUUAUCGCCGAAUAUACAUAUUUGUCGUGACGAGCUAUCUUCUCUACACCUUUUAUGACGCAUACCACCGCAUCCGCGCGCAGGGAGAUUUUUAUCAGAUCCUCGGUGUGCUACCUACCGCCGACGAUCGGACCAUCAAGUCCCGAUUCAGGCGACUAGCCGCGCUUCACCACCCUGAUAAACAAGGUGGCUUUGAGAGCACGAGCACCGGCGACCUUUUUGUCCAUCUUAAACUUGCGCAGGACACGCUGCUUGACCCCACCAGGCGAUUCGUCUAUGAUCGAUUUGGGAGGGAGGUCAUCGAAGGCAGAAAGACCUACACCAUUACGCAGCUCCUGUACGAAGGGCUGUAUGCGUUACUACCGCAGUACUUUGUUGGAUUAGUGACAUUAGCACUUUUGAAUACAUUUUGGUUUUCGCCAUGGGGAAGAUACUGGCGAUUCUAUACGCUGUUUGCCCUUUUUGUCCUCGAAGUGUCUCUCCUCACGCACCGUGAUGGAGUAUUCAUGCCUGCUACAUAUCUCCCAGCCUGGCUCUCCAGUCUCUUCAGCCUGAAUGCAUUUUAUCUUCUUCCGUUCCAGAUUCUAAGCCUCGCGCGCACCGCGUCCGUCACUCUAAACAUUUUCAUCUCCCAAAUCGCCCCACCACACGCCUCAUCAUCAAAUCAGCCAUCCGCGAGUCUCUCGCCCCAGGCGCAACAGAAGCUGGUGCAGCUGGCUCAACUCAGUCGUACUUGUGACGUGGAAGCCACUAAACUCCUCCAACUCCAAUACACACCCUUCAAGGGGCAGAAGGAAUCUGUUUCCAGGCUGCGGAAAGGUAUGAAGACCAGCCUAAUCAUGGGAACAGUGCAGGAAAGCCCAGGGGUUCAAGAGACAAUUCAUAAUGUGACAAAACCGCAGGGUGUAUAA